AUGAUGAGGUCCGUGAGUCUCAUUGCGCUGCUGAUCAUCGUUCCCCGGGUGUCGGCGUCGAUCAACGUCAAGGGCGGCGAGGGGGCUUGCGCUUCCGAGGACCUGAAGAAUCGCGCCCGGCUUCAGAACAAGCUGGCGGGCGUCUGCGAGUCGAUGUGCCGCGAGGUUCAGGCGUAUCCCGCCUGCUCGUGCCCGAAUUUCGUGGAGCCAGACUCCACCCCGGGAGUGAUGACGUGGGAUGAGCUCUUGACGCACAUGGACCAGCUGGGGGACUGGGGCAGGGACACGAUCAAGGCUUGGCACAAACAGGCUUCUCAGCUCCAGACCGCGCGCGGCGGCGGCUCCAAGAACGGCACCAUCGGCAGCGACGCCGCCGUGGCCCCGUCGAGCGCCAAGAGGACGUGCACCGUCACGGUGGUGCCGCCGGCCUCGGUGUCCCUCCAGGCCGGUGGCAUGCCCCACAUGGUGCACGACGACGUGGACUUCUGCGGCGCGGGGCAGCUGAAGGUGGUGGAAGGCAGCUGCCCAGACCAGGCGGCAUUCGACAACGCCACCGGCGUCCUGAAGUCCAACGGAGGCGCCUCCGAGUGCCAGCACUUCCACUGCGACCACUACCCCUGCUGCAUGGCCUUCAGGUGCGGCGACCCCAGCGGCGCGUGGGCGCGCUGA